GCCUUUCUUGGAGCGCACAAUGUGCCAGAUUUAAAGAAGGUAGCGCACAGCUUACUUGUUUGCCAUUUCUGUCCUUUUUACCUGCUCACAAGUAGGACCCGCACACACCACCUGAGACUUGGCUAAACCUUUCGACGGUCACGAAACAAGAGGGUCCCGUCCCAUAAUCCUCGCUUGGAUGCCAUAAGUACUUAUUUAUUGCUACCUAAAAGCAGCAAGCAGCACAAGGUACUUCUCGUAACAGGCAGGUUUUCUAUAGCUCUCAGGUCCAGGUCCGUCAAGCCGAAUGGCCAAAAUUUCUGUGCAAAUUGGCCAUUCUAUUGUCUGCCUUGAGUACCCCUAUCCAGUUUGUAUCUAGUCAUGACGAGCAUUAAUAAGGUUGCCAGGGGUCUGGGAAAUCCUGAGCGUUCCUGUGUUGCCUAGGGUUAGACUCCUUCUCGGCAUCAGUUAGGUUUGAAUGGCCUGCUGGUGGACAUCAAACCCGCAUGGCGUUGUCCUUGUGUCGACAUUAAAAUGCUGGUAACAUCCAUUACAUGCAUUCGGACGUUUACGAUGGCUGCAACCGAAAUGGACGCCAAUGUUACCGUUACGCGCUUGCCGACGCGCAAACGGACAGCUAGGCUAUCCUCACGCAACACUUUAUCCACGGAUGUCCUCAACACUGGCAACCGUGACAGCCGAAAACGAAGCACUGGCUGCCGAGAACGGCGAGUCGUCGGCACCGGCGAUCGUCGGCAACGGCAGCGUAGGAAGCGCCAACAGGCCAACCAACAGGAGAACGGCAGUGAGGGCGGGAAUAAUGAAGGUGACUCAGUCCAAAAAAAUGAUGAGAGUGACGAGGAAAACGCUGAGAACACGGAGCAUGAGAACGUUACAAACAAGGAGGAGGUCGCUGCCGCUGCUCCUGCUGACAAGGAUGAGGGCGGGUCUGAGGGGCCAGCAGCAAAAGCAACGAACGCCACGGCAAUGGCAGCAGUUUCAGCAGUAGCUGCCGCAGCAGCAAUGCUGUCACCAGCAGCAGCAACAACGGCAAGAUUGCAAACUGGAACAACAGCUGUCGCCACCACCGCCACUGCAGCGAUGGCCACAGAGCCACAGCCCAGAGCCACAGCACCAGCAACUCCCGUACAGGCAAUGGCAACCGCAUCACCAUCCUCUACCUCUGCCGUACAAAACACCGCCCAAGCCACCACCGCGGCUAUGAUGACCCUGGCAGUGAACAGGUCGGAGAAGGUCCUUGCUGAGGCGGCCAGGGAGCCGACCCGCGGGUCGCUGAUGCCUCGACCCGCAGGCCGUGCACUGGUUCUGGAUUUGGAGACCACGGGGUUCCCCUUGGAUGCCAGAGGCAGGCGCACAUACGCUCCCACCUUAGCGCAUAUGACGCGCCUGUACAACGACGCUCGCAUCGUCUCGAUUGGCUGGCGGGUGACGGAGGUUGGCGCGAGUCAGCACGGAUCAGCACAGACGAGCCCCACCACGGUAUCGGAGUCGUACCGUGUCGUACAACCGGUCGGGUUUGUCAUCCCGCCCGAUGCGGCUGCCGUACACGGGAUCACUACGGCGAAGGCGAUGGCAGAUGGAGUGCCGUUGGGUCAGGCGUUGGACGAGCUGAUGGCUGCCGUACAGGGUUGCUCCGUGUUGGUGGCUCACAAUGCGCCGUACGACCUCUCCAUCCUCCUCAGCGAGAUGUUCAGGUCCCAGCGCUAUCGUGACGUCAUGCACCUGGCCGAGCUCCAGCCCAUGUGCACCAUGAGGUGGGGCAAACCGCUGUACGACAGGUGCCUCGCCGCCAAGACACCUCCCGCUGCUCCUCCCUUGUCACCUCUGUCGCCUCCACCACUGCGGCAGCCGCAGCAGCAACAACCCAACCACCAGCAGCAGCUGCAGGACCCCCUUGACGCCCGCAUGCGCCGGCGGUUCAGUGACCUGCGCCAGCGCCUGCUUCGCUUCCCCCUGCCGACUUGGAAGAACUUCCCGAAGCUCGAAGAGCUGUACGUCACACUGACGGGCGGGCGCAGGCUGACCGGGGCGCACAACGCGGCUGUGGAUGCGGCGGCAGCUGAGACGUGCUAUGUGGCGCUGAUGGAGGUGGCAGAGGUGGUGGGCUGGGCGGAGGGAAGAGCAUCGGCAGCAGGCGGGACCGGGACUGCGGCGUGAGGUGGGGGAAGAGGAAGAAAUAGGCCGUGCAUGCAAGGUGGGGGAACGAAGAAAACCAUGUGUGGAUUGGCAGUGGGGGGAGAGCUGCAAAGGCGGUGGCGUGCGGCCGUCACACGGAUGCAUGCAUGGCAGGCAGGAUUGAGGGGUGGGGACGAGGCGCAUAACUCGGUGGCAGCGGGUGGGGUUGGGAGGUGGUACCGGCGGGUUGGAAGCCAGGUAAGACUGCCUGUAUGUCAGGCCUGCAUGUCAGUGUAGCUUGAGGUAAAGCCGGGCAUCUGGGCGGCGGCAGCAGCAGAAAUUGCAACGGGAUAUUCAGGUUUGCGGGCGAGAAGGUUCAUUAUAGCGGCGGGGAGUUCCCCUCAACAGUCAUACAAGGAGUUGCAAGGGAAGCUGCAGGGUACAGCUACCCCGUGGCGAAUUAUGUUUCGUCGGUGGUUUGGCAUUUAAGUUAUUUCCCAUCCCCUUCAUCACUGCGUGUAGGGGCUGUAGGGACUGUUUAUGAUGUUGUAAGCGAGUCUUAUUGUGAGGAAGAAUAUAAAUCUUGUUUGCAUCUUAGUGUACUUAUAUGUAUCUUCGCCCGUGUGUUGCGAUGGUGGGACGUUAGGUGUACGACAUGUAGGUGUACGGCUAAUAUGCGUGUGUACGGCAGAUUGCGUAUGCGGUACGUUGCGUCGGUGCAAUGCCAUUAUUACUUGCGUAUCAUGUUAAGAGGCGCGUGCAACCCUGUCUGGGCUUGUGAGUACCGGAUGAAUUAUUACCGAAUUUAUAUAUAAAUAAUGACAUGGACCUGGACAUGGACCAAUGAUGCCAAGAAGGAGAUCGGCUGGAGCCGCUCGGACGUGGGGAAACUUCGGAAUAACAGCUAUGCUUUGCUGAGGCAGAAUAUCAUUAACUGAAGUUAUGUUCCACCCUUCCUGCCUUUGGUGUCUUGUUUCCAGCUGACCCGUUGUGAGUUGGUUUUACGGCGUGUCCCGUUCCUUUUGCAGUGUACGGUGGGAUUCAUCACCCGUGUUCCCGUUUAGGAUACCAAUGUAACAGUCAUUCAUUCCGUACUUUAUCUGACCGUUUAAUUCAUGAC